ACCCCCCCCCCACUUCUUCUUUGCAACCGCCACCGUCAGCCAGGAGAUCCUGCUAGAAGCAGGGGGGCGUAUCCUUCCUCACCAAGUGGAAAACAAAACGCAACAUUUCUCUCUUAACUUGUAAGCUCCAAACUAAGGAACCCUGUUGAAGGGAAACGACGAGAGAUGCCAGGGAUGGUCAGUAAAAACCCAGAUCUUGAAUUUGACUCUUUGCAGCCUUGUUUCUACCCGGAUGAAGAUGAUUUUUAUUUGUGCGGUCCGGACUCGGCUCCUCCGGGGGAGGACAUCUGGAAAAAGUUUGAGCUACUGCCUACACCUCCUCUGUCUCCGAGCCCGGCAGGUUUGCAAGAGAACCCCCCGGGAGGAGCCCCAGCGUCAUGGGGAGCAGCAGCCCUAGGGGGAUUUCGCACCAGCGACCCUCUGGACUGGGCUUCGGAAUUGCUGCUCCUGCCCCCGGAAGCUGACCUGUGGGGCAGCGGAGAUGGAGGGGACUCCUUCGAGACUGGCUUGGGGGAAAGCAGCAACCUCAACUCCAUCAUUAUUCAGGACUGCAUGUGGAGUGGCUCGUCCAGCAGCGAAAAGCUGGAAAGGCCAGUGAAUGAGAAGCCGCAGAAUAAAGGAGGAACAGCUGUAGCGCCUGCCACAGCUGGGUCUGCCACCCUCGCUGCCGCCGCCACCAACCCCCCCAACACCAGCAGUGGAAACAAUAGCGGCAGCCAAGCAGAGCUCAACAACUCUGUGUCAGAGUGUGUGGAUCCAGCCGUGGUGUUCCCUUUCCCUAUGAACAAGAGAGAGCCGGCAGCCGCAGCUCCAGCCUCCGCUGCAGGGGGAGUGGCUGGCAUCCGGGUGAACAUUAGCAGCAGCAGCAGCAGCGGGAUUGUCCAAGGGGCGGCGGCGGCAGCAGCAGCUCCUGCUCAGCGCAGCAGCAGCACUGGCCACCACCCAGGUGCAACUAGUGACAGCCGGGCCAACAACAGUUCCGGAGAUGACACACUUAGUGAUUCUGAUGAAGAUGAAGAAGAAGAGGAGGAUGAGGAAGAAGAAAUUGAUGUAGUAACAGUGGAAAAGAGGCGCUCUUCCUCCUACAAAACUGUUACUACCCUGACUAUUGCAAUGCGCCCCAAAAAUGCCACCACCAUUGCUUCUGUGAGAACUCAGCCAAACGAAGUCAUCCUAAAGCGUUGUGCCCCUAUUCAUCAGCAACAUAACUAUGCUGCACCUUCACCGUACAUCGAAAGUGAAGAUGUGCCACCCCAGAAAAAGCUAAAAAAUGAAGCACCCCGUCCCGUGAAACCCAUGACCCAACCAAAACCCAAGAGCUCCAGCCCUCGAAACUCCGAUUCAGAAGACAGCGAACGUCGACGUAACCAUAAUAUUCUAGAGCGGCAGCGGCGCAACGACCUGAGGUCAAGUUUUCUUACGUUAAGGGACCAUGUGCCAGAACUGGUUAAAAACGAGAAAGCGGCAAAAGUUGUCAUCUUGAAAAAAGCCACUGAAUACGUUCAUUCCCUACAUACCGAGGAGCACAAGUUAUUGCUAGAAAAGGAAAAAUUGCAAGUCAGACAGCAGCAGUUGAUAAAGAAAUUAGAACACAUGCAGACUUGCUAAAUUUCUUCUUUUUAAAAAAAAAAAAACUUACUUUUUUAUAUAUAUAAAUGUCUGAUCUGGACAGCCACUGCCACUUUGCACAUUUUUGAUUCCUUAAAGAGAGUUAUGUUUUUUGACGUUAAGAAUGUUGGUUUUACUUUCAAUCCAGUCUCUGAUAUAGAUGACAAAACACUGUUAUCUGGAUGGAGAGCAGAUGGAUGUUCUUGUGUGGAAUUGAAGAGACUCUACCAAACCAUGAUGGAAUGCCUUUGUAUUUCCUCUUAGAACUGUAAAUGUUCUUUAAACGUUGUGAGCGUUUGGACCUUGCUUAUGACAUCCAGUUGAGUUUGGAAACAUUCAUUCCUUUUUAAUGGUGCUUAUGUUCUACCAGGUGUUAUGGGGCAAACCCAUU